GUACAACAAGCUGAGCCGUAACAUCAGAGACCUGGCACAGAAAAUCCGGGACCUGGAUGAGAAGGACGGCUUCAGGGCUCAGAGCACGCACCGCUUGUUAGAGAAACUGUACAGCAUCGGCCUCAUCCCCACCAGGCAGAACCUGGCCCUGACAGAGAGAGUUACAGCCUCCUCGUUCUGCAGGAGGCGGCUGCCCUGCAUCAUGCUGACCCUGCGUAUGGCUCAGAACCUGAAGACUGCCAUCACUUUCAUCGAGCAGGGCCAUGUGCGCGUCGGCCCAGAUGUCGUCACAGAUCCAGCGUUUCUGGUCACAAGAAAUCUGGAAGAUUUUGUCACCUGGGUGGACUCGUCAAAGAUCAAGCAGCACGUCAUGAAUUACAAUGACGAGAGGGACGACUUUGAUCUGCUGGCGUAAGUCUGCUGUGUGACGACUUCAGCUCAGCCUGGUUAAAACUGCCUUCAGAUCUGGAAAAACUUUUAUUUUUAUAAACUAAACAGACGAUCUGCCUCUGCAGGACACGUUGGGAAAAAUAUCGUCUGUGCUUCAGUUUAAAGGAACUCUGGUUUGGCAGUGUUUUUUUUUUUUUUGUUACUUCUGAGGAAAAGUCUAAGAUUCCUGCAUCAUGUCUGUAUUUUUAUUUAACUUCUAACAGGAUGGCAUGGAGUCCUGGGUGCUUCYGAUUAGGAUAAGAUUUUUUUUAUUGUCAGUGCUUUAUUCAAAAAUACAACAAACUUCAAAGAAUUGUCUGAAACACUCCCAUCACUCAUUCAUUCCUAUCAGA